GUUUAAAUAAACACCUUCUUAUUAAUAAGUGUCUCAGCGAGAGUCUGAAAUAUGGAAGCCAAGCGAGUCAAGAGGGAUGUUAAAACCUUGCUUGGUGAAUAUAUUGGACGACGAUUCAGAGAAGAUAGUUUUGAUCCAAAGGGGAAAAGCACUUCUACUAUGUUGGAUGAUUUGGCACAUUAUGACUUGGCUAUAAGUGUGGCUUUGUGGAGGCUCAAUAAAGAUGAAGGAUUGAAUACAGCUGAUAAUGAUAUAGGAAGUGCCAGUUUAGGACACUUUAGCCAGUAUCCCAAUCGCUUGGAAAGAGAAGCAAUGAUUCUUUCUUCCUUUGCUGGAAUGCUUCUGAACAACUUACCAUUAGAAGAUAUUCUGUUUCUGUACAAUUGCAAACCAUCUGCAUCUUACCCUCAUAAUGAUGCCAAGGGCAACAUCGUGCACCCGUUUUCCCUCUCUUAUCAUCCAUUCGCCAUGCUUAGUUCAUUCAAAGCAGUGGACUGCUCAAAAAAAACACAUCCAAGCUCUGAAACGCUGGAUCAAGGAACAGGAUAAGCAGCAGGUCUCUCCGGUGUCAGAAACAUCGAAGUCCUCCUCCAGGUCCUCUUCAAGCUCCUCAUUCAGUGACAGUGAAGAAUCUUUAAAAGAUGCAACUGCUCACUAUGAAGGCUCACAAGAAUCUCUGCAGGAUUGAAAACAACAGCAUGGUUUAUUAAACACGCAGUCUUUACACAUUUAAAGGGAUAGUUCACCUCAACUUAAACUUUGAGUUUCUUUCUGCUGUUGAACACCAAAGUAGUUAUUUUGAAAAAUGCUGGUAGCUGGCACCCAUUAAAGUCCACAUAAACC